GAACGAAAUCGGCAUUCCUCAGCUGUUGAUGGAAAAGAAAAGUAAAUAUUUGGAAUGCGGGUCUUGCCAUUGAGUCUUGUGAAAGAGCUCUGUAGCAAGAAGAGGUUGAAUGCAAAAUUCCAUCUCAGAGGUGAAAGAGUUGACAAUCCCGAUUCCUCACAUUCUUUACGGAGUUUGCGCUGUCUUCACUAUACGCAGGCCAUCUUCGCCGUCUAGGAAUCAGUCUUGCAUCAUAUGUAUCCUAUCAGUACAUCUUAGGUCUGAUAUCCAACAUGGCCGGGAACUGGUUUUUCCUCCUGCUAGUUCCCUUGUAUUUGGCUGCAUCUUUGUGGAGCCAGACGGUCUCAUCAAAUGUGGCCGAUAGUGCUUUGGGGGGCUCUGGAAGUCCGGUGAAACAUGAAGAAAUACCCGUAACUGCAACCCUGGAUGAACUUAUUGCCAGAAUUAAGAAAUCAGCCGACCAAAUCAUGAAGCAGAAGCUACAAAGGACAAAGGAAAUCUACAAAUUGGGUGACAUUCCUUCUCAUCACAGGACAAGACGAUCCAUUCCUGAUCAGCUGUCUCGAGUCCAACAUCCUUUCUAUGAAUUGGUCAGCAUUCAAACGUUGUCUGGUGCCAGCAUACCCGGUUGUACUGAUGUUGAGUCCUUUGCUCUAUACAACAAUCAGUACAUUGUUGCAACCAAUAUCAGCUCGAGAGAACAAACAGUGCUAUAUAAAUACAAUAAUGGUACAUCAACUGUGCUUGAAGUCGUGGAGACGGCUGAUGUUAAGGAUGUGGCAGUUCUUCAAAUGGAGGAUCGAACCAUGUUGGUUGUCAUGGAAAGUAACUCUGAUACCGCAGGCCUGCCAACAGGCACGGUGAUUUAUGAGUUCAAAAAUGCAACCCAACGCUUUCACUUCAUCCAAAGAGUUUUCACCAACGAUCCCAAGCAGGUUGAGGGCUUCUCACUGAAUGGUGUGGAGUAUCUGAUUUUGGCUGGUGCCUUCGUGGAGAAUGUUGGUGCAGGAAUACAACGUAGAGUAUCUGCUAUACAUAGAUGGGAAGGAGGUCAUUUUGACCAGAUUGCAACAUUUAUCACCGGUGAUGCGGUUGAUGUUCACCCCUUCCAGAUUCACAGCCAAGUUUUCCUGGCUGUGGCCAAUAGCACUGACUCUCACAUCCUCAUAUUCAAUCCAAACUUGGAGGCCUUUGUGAGAUAUCAGGAUAUUGACAUCACUCAUGCUGUUGACUGGGAGCAUUUCAAACUUGGUGAUGGCAUAGAACAGGACUAUUUCUUGGCUGUAGCUACCCGUAAAGAUGGUCCAAGCAAGUCUAUCAUCUACAAAUAUCAUCGAAAUGAGUUUGUUCCUUUCCAAAGUAUCCUAGCUACUGGAGCAAGAGUGUGGCAUGCCGUCAAAAAUCCUGAUGGUACCCUAAGAGCCCUUGCAUUGUCCAGCGAUGAUGGUAUCAAUUUCUAUCAGUACAACGGCUGGCGGUUUGAACUGUCUACCAUCAAGAUUCCCCAGCCUGGCGGCUCAGUAGACAUGGGGGUUCAGAGCAUGACUUCCUUCAUUGAGAGUGGUCGGGUGGUUCUCGUGGUGGCAGACAAUUCAACUUUAGUGGCCAACGUGUUCGAGUUGAAGUUCCGCACCAAUCACGCCGUUCAGCAGUUGCACAGAGAUGCAUCAUUAUCAUGUAUACACCUGAGAUCAAAAGUGGCAAGCCUCAAGAGCCGACUGAACAGUACCCAGAAUGCUGCAGACAACCUAGUGUAUGUCAACUCUUCCAAAAUUCAGGUUGUCACCGGCAACAAGACGUUCCUGGAUGAUGUCAGCAUGUAUAAUGUGAAAGCAACUGAAAUUCAUGCUGAUAAUGGUAUGAUCCUCGAUGCGAAGGAAAAGGUACAAUUUGCUGAGGUGAGGUCAAAUCAGACACAGAGCUUCACUGACCUGAACACCAUAGAACAGCGGCUGCAUGGAGCUAUGAAUAAAACAGGCCCCCAACAAACAGUGACAGGACAGAAAAACUUUACCCAGAUGAUGACCCCAGCUCUUGAUGUCAACACCGUCAAUGUAGGAAGCGACAUCAUCAACAAAAAUGUGAAUUUGACGGAGUUGGUCACUAACACAUGGCACAAGGAUACUGACCAGAUGAUUGACGUUGCAGUUAGCAUCUCGGGAAAUGUGACAGUUCAAGGAAGUCUGACUGUAUCGGGUUUGCUAGAUGGGGUGGAUACAUCGAUCAUUGUUACGCUGUCCCGCGAUCACACUAUAGAGGGCAGCAAAACAUUUGACACAUCUGUGCAAGUGAAAGGAAAUCUGGAUGUAUCACAAAAUAUCGAUGGGGUCAGGGUGUCUGAGAGCAACCUUCUUCUCACAUACGGCAACCAGACUAUUCAAUAUCACUUGAAUGUGAGUGGAGUUGUAACUUUCCUCAACAAUGUGGAAGUGGAUGGACUCGUUGAUGGCUGUGAUUUAUCAACAAUCAACCGAGACGCUGUCUUGACAUCAGGCAACAUAACUGUUACAGGAAACAAGAAUUUCACCGGUGACCUGACUCCAGAGAAGGGCAUAACAAUGGGCGCAGGACAUACCAUAGAUGGAGUUGAUAUCCUGCAACUUGAUAGAACAGUGCUUAAGACAACGGGAUACCAGCAACUAACAGGAAAUUACAAUUUCAGCCAAAGUGUUGAUAUUUACGGCAAUCUCAGCGUGGAUGGACUGGUGGAUGGGCUGAGUAUUCCUGGUGACAUCUUGGUGGAAAAUUCAGCGAGACAGGCUGUUUUGGCAGAGAAUUGGGGAGUUGAGGACAUCACUGCAGAAAACAUCACUGUGGAGACAAGCAUUGAUGGUAUCCUAGCAACAGGAGGAGGCACGGGGCUGGAGGUCAUGCUGGUGAAUGGUGGAAGUCAGACCCUUGAGGGCGCUAUUUCAUUUGCCGUUGGCAUGCGACUUGAGGGUUCAUCUCAGGUCACUGGUCUCGUUGAUGGUGUGGACAUUCCAUCCAUGACUGCAGAGGCUGUGUAUAAGAAUGGUGAUCAGGAGAUUACAGGAGAGAAGACUUUUGCCUCGGAUGUGACUUUCCAAUUCAAUCUCCUGGUGGAACUUUUGAUUAAUGGCAUCAACGUUACUCAGUAUGAGUCCAGUGCAGUAAAACUCUUUGGAGAAGAUGAUGUCAUUGUCUUCAAUGGAGAUGUUGAACUCACAGCUUCAGAAACCAAGAUGGCAGGCCCACUGAUAACUGCUGGCAAUCAUUCAUUUCCUUACAAACGAAGUCUCCAAGAUCUCAUCAUCCAAGGCAGAGAGGACACCAUCUAUGGCUUCAAAUCUUUCCCUGAUGUUUCAUCCUUGAAGGAUGUAGAAGCAACACUAGUCAAUGGCAUUAACAUCUCACGUUUCUUCCAAGAAUCUGUACGAGUCAUUCCGGGCAUUGUUCUCGUAAUUGACGACAACGUCACCUUCUGGUACAGUGUCAAUAUGAACGGCAACCUGAGCAUUCAGUCGCAAAUCAUUGACGGUACGUACAUUCCAGACAUCGUCACGAUUGCGGGUAAUUCUAGUGUAGCAUCAAUGACAACGUUUACUGGUGAUAUUACUGCAAGGAACCUGUGGGUAGAUACUCUAACAUUGUCAGGUCUGCUCAAUGGAUACGAUGUACAAGCAGUAAACAACGACACCCUCAAGAAAAACACAGCCGGAACCCAGGUAGUCACAGGCCAGAAGACUUUCCUGAAUGGACUCACCAUCAAUGGUGACCUUGUUGUCAACAACAACACUGUUGGUGUUGACCUUUCAGCUGUUGCCAAUGAUUCGGUGUACACCAAUGACGCAUACACUGUCAUUACCGCAGCCAAAACCUUUGGAUUUGCAAAUAUAACACAUCUUAAUGCCACAGAUCACAUUGAUGGAGUCCAUCUGCCGUCAUUCAGCCAGCGAGUCGUAAUCCAGACAAUCCCUCAGACGAUACAAGGCACUGUUACUUUUAAUCAAGAUGUAGACUUUGCUAAUGACAUCAUAGUUGCACAAACUGUCAACGGUCACUCUGUGACUUCCAGGCUAUUGGGCGUUCUUAACAUCCUCAACAGUUCCUAUGAAGUGGAGGUGGAGUUUUCUGACGUUGUAUGUGGAGGGAAUGUGACUCUUGAUGGAUUGAUUGAUGGCUUCAAGAUGAACAACUUUGUUCUGAAGGUGGCCGAGUUCCAACCUAUUAAAGGUGACAAGCGGUUCAAAGGAUCAUUGACGAUAACUGAAACUGCGGUCGUUCUGUUGAUUAAUGGUGUCUCUAUUGAUGAUCUCAACGGUCUUGCUGUACGACACAACGAAACAGAGACUAUCAGCGGGAACAAGACAUUUGCCAGAGGGAUUUCUCUGCAGCAGAACCUGACAGUGACAAUGUUAGUCGACACUGUGGACGUCCAAGCACUACAGGCCAAUGCCUUAGCAACCAGGAGUGAUUUCAAGUUAAACCAAAUUGUCCUUGGCAAUGGAACCCUAGGAAACAUCAUUGUUCUCGGGAACCUGACAUGUAAUUGUAUGGUGGAUGGUGUGAAUCCAGAGCAGUUAAAGCAGUCCUUCAUGAGCCUUACAAUCCCUCAGACUGUGACGGGUUACAAGAUUCUUCAAGACACUCUGACUAUAGCUAGUCCUGCCUCGCUAGAUGCUGACACCAUCCUACUUGACGGAAAUCUAAACGAGGUUGACUUGGAAGACUUUGCUGCAUCCGUGUGGGUCGGAGGUCGUGGGGAUGAGGUCAUCGCGGUCAAGACAUUCACAGAGAAUGCUACACUAAGGUACUCUUUAACUGUUGGCGGGACUAUUAAUGGACUAGACGUCGGUGGCAAUGCAAUGGUCACCGACCAAAGCAACACAGUAACUGGCAUUAAGACCUUCACUGGUAGCCCGCUGACUGUCAAUGGCAGGAUCAAUAUGACGGGUUGGAUGGAAGUGGAUGGCGUGGAUUUAUCAGAAUAUAAGAAGAAUGCAGCUACUACCAGAGAUGACCACAACAUCACAUUUCCUACCGGUGCUGCCGGGAUUAUCCUUCAAAGUAACCUGGAGGUGGAUGGAGAAAUUGAUGGCGUUAAUGUCUCAGGGGACAACUUGCUGCUUACAGCUGGAUCUCAGAACAUCACUGGCAUUAAGACAUUCUCUCAGGAUGUGAACGUUUCUCCAAAUAUAAUCCUCAAUGCUUUGCUGAAUGGUAUCGACUUAGUGGAUUUGUUCCUGAAUACACUUCUGAUCAGUCCCAACCAGACAAUCGUUGGCACGUACACAUUCUAUGACAACCUGAUAUUGAGUAAUGUCACAACCCUGCCUGACGUACUUGUUGACGGAAUACGUAUUCAGGAGCUGUAUCGUCAUGUCUACACCUACCCUACAUUUGAGGAGUUUAAUAGAAGUCUACAGCUGAGAUGUGAUAUGUUGAAUAAGAUGCAUGAAGCCCAGGAAAACGCUGCAGUCUUGCUGAUACAUCUAGAUACAGUGCAGGUUAUCGAUACAGUUGGCUCUCUCUCUUGGCAUGCAUUCUACUUUAACGACACCCAGUGGCUGGUGGCAGCUCAGAAGACAACGUAUCCAGACACUGACUGUGUUGGCUCAAAUAUCUACCAAUGGAAUGAGACUACCAACAACUAUCAGUACUAUCAGACGCUGUAUCCCAAAACCACUGUUGAUGUUGACUCGUUUGUAAUGAAUGAUCGAUUGUUCUUAAUCUUCGCUGGGAAGCAUAAUGAUACUGGACAGUGUGACAACUUUACACGCUUAUUUGAAGGUGAUGAUGUGGAUGGUAUCAUCACACUUAAUCGAACCUCAGUCCCCAGUGAUUUCUACAGUUACAGCACCACCAAUGUCCUGGUCUGGUUGCCUGACUCUGAGACCUUCUAUCUCUACCAAGCCCUGCCUUGUGUCUCACCUUCCGAUGUCGAAGUCUUUGUUGAUCCCCUAACCAAUCAAACCUGCGUAGCCAUAGCUAAUGAGGUCCAUGUUGACAGCAAUGGGGAUUUCUUCUCUGUCUUGCCGUCUUAUGUCUAUUGUCUGGAAGACCUGGAGAAUGGAUUCUAUCUGAAAGAUAAUUUCACUACUGCUGGGGCACGCAGUAUCAAACAUUUCUUCAAGGAUGGCAUCCUUCACUUGGCUGUUGCUAAUCGCUUGACUGACAUCACAGAUUCCUUCGUUGCCGAGUCUGCCAUUUUUCAACAAUCGAGUAAUGGCUCUUUCAUCCAAGUUGCUACGACUGAGGGAACAGCAACCUUGGAUGUCCUGCCGAUUACCAUUGAAGAUAACUGGUAUAUCGUCCUAGCCAAUGAAUUCAGUGGCACACUCAACAAAGCAGAUUACGAUGUUCCAGUGUCCGUUUACAAAUAUUCAGAUAGUAGCACGUUGGUACUAGAACAAGAGCUGUCAGCGUUUGGUGCUAGAGCUCUGGGUUCCUACAGCACAGGAGAUGAGUCAUUCAUCAUUGUUGUGGACCAAGUCACCACCAGUGUCUACAAGUUUCAGGGCGUUGACCUCUUUGUAAAGAUUCACACUUUGGACACGUAUGGUGCAACCAGCUUUCACGUGUUUCCGUUGGGUGACACUGGCCGUGUUCAGGCGGCAUUGGCGGCUUAUGAAGAGGAAGAUUUACUGUUUGAAGGUCAGGAGGUCCACGCCCUGCCUGCUCCAUCGCUGAUUCUAGAGUUCAUCCUGAUUGGUGAAAAGGUACCUUCUCUCAGCUGCAGUUACUAACUUUUCUCAUCUUGCUGGCUAGUGAACCAACAAGGCAAGGAACAUUAGUAGGAAGCAUUUGAAGGAAUAGUACAAAAUCAAACUAGUGCAAAGUAGAAGAACAUUUUUCAGAGUUCAUUUUUAUGAAAUACAUUUUUUCAAGUUUGUUUGUAACAGAUACACAGUUGUAUCAUAUUUAUGUUUGUACAGCCUUACUCCAAGAAAAACUUGUUUAUGUUUACUUGAACGUAUGCACUUGUCAAAUCACAUAGUUGUCAAAUCACAUUACAACAAGAAAAUAUCAACGGCAUCGUAGGCUUGGAGGGCUUGAAGUCUUUCAUUGACUGUCUCAUUAAAAGAGAUUUGAAAAAUAUAUCUUGUAAAAUGAACUAUGGAAAAAUAUAUUUUGUAAAAAAGCACUGUGAACAAACUCACUCGAGUAACGAACUUGGAAAAAAAUAUCUCUCAAAAACAAACUUCAUUUUGGACGAUGUGUAUUUCCAAAGUUCCUUACACCUUUUUGCCUGCCAUUCUGUGCCACAUUAUAGGGUGAGCAUAUAUUAAAGGGGGUCAGUUCCAAACAGCUGUUGAACUAAAAGGAUCUUACAGCAAAAAGGAGUAUCCUAACCCAGAUGUCAGGUGACAAACAUGUUUAUUGCAUGCCCCGUAUACAAGUACUUAUUGCUUUGCGAUAGGAAUAUAAUGAAGAAAAAAUUGUGCAAUAGAUAAGUCAGGUAUUCGGCAAAUACAAUCAAAUAUGUCAUCUCCUGCAGUUUUAUAUUAUGAACAUGAAAAUGUAUAGCACAGCCGGGUACUGAAUAAAGUCUGAUUUGGGGUAAAAGUUUUUGUUUUCAAUAAAUACACAUACGUGUUUGAACAAAGCAUUUAAA